CGACGAUUAUAAGUGGAAUAUUCACAUACUACUUCACCAUGUCUACCAGCUUGUCCGUUACGUAUUAUCAUGCAGAUGAGUGUCCUAAUGUGACAGUAUAACAGCAUUUAUUUUCCUUCAUGCUCUAUCCUCCACCUAAGUUUUGCCCCUCCUGCGUUUCGCACUUCUCUCCCAUUAAUAUAAAAGCCAAGAAAGUGAAUCAGUCGCAACCCACGCACAUAACCCUUGUGUCGUCCGAGCUAGCUGCCUUUACCAAGUUUAAGGAGCGAAACAACGUCUCUCUGUUAGCCAGCUUCGAUGUACCGGGAAAAGUAGAUCCGCUUGAUCGCAUGUUCGUUGCCAAGUUGCUUAGCCAGUUCUUCCUUUCCAAACUAUGCGAAGUGGUGCCAUCGUCGGUAGCCCUAAUCAAUUGUUCCUCGCCCGGCUCCUGCCAUAGCACCGAGUAUAACCGCGGGAUUGAACAUACUUUCUCGGUUACCUUGAUUAAGAGGAUCCAGAGACGUGUAGCCAACAAGCUGGAGGUUGGUACUCGCACUAUCACUGAUGCGGCGUCAACCAGGGCGAAGAGACUCACGGCCAAUUCCUCUCCUCUCAACGAUUGGUAUGGUAAGUCUCCCUAAGCAACGCCUCCCCCCUAUCUGGAGUGGAGGCCUGACUAUUCGGUAAUGUAGCAUGGCACUCAUGAUCUAUACUGAAGAAGGAAUGAGAAUAAAGGAAUAGAUUUGGAAAGAAACCAUUGUCAAAUUCAAGAUGGUGAACGCAGAGAAGAUCCUGCGCGAUCUUGUCCGGUAGUCGCUCCCUCCGAGCCCUCAUAAAC